AUGAAAGCUUUAAAACCGUGGAAAUACCCUAAUUCAGUGGAGAUAUCUGAAGCCAAUCAUUUGAUACUAAGACGAUUAGCAUAAAUAGAUAGAAGACCUUUCUAUAACUUUAAAGAUCAAAUGAAAGAAUUUCGCAAACAUAUCGAAAUAGUUGAGAAUCGAAAAAAAUGGUUUGCUAUAUCUAGAAGUUAUUCUCCAGUUCCAUAUCGCAGAAAGAAACUGUGA